GUCAUAAGCAACGCUGUCAGCUGUUUUUAACAGCUGUUUGUUGAAGAGAAAAAAAUAAAAUAAAAUAAAAACAAACGUGAAAGUCACCAGUCCCUUACGAAUUUUGUGCCCAGUCAAUAGUUGGAAAGUUCCACAAUGAAUCUCUUACUUCAGAGAUCCACUAGAUCGUUGUUUUGUGCCUUCAGUCGCCAAAAUGUGCAAAUCUCUGCUUGUGUCCGAACGAAAAGAAGCGAUGCUUCAGACAAUACAAACACUUCAACCAGUGGCACCGGAGCUAGGCAACAACAAAACAACACACCAUUGUCGAAAAUAACGCUUGUGCAUCCCAAUCAAAAUAUUGUCGUAAUAACAUUUAAAGAGGCACAAAAAUUAGCUAAACGUCGUGAGUUACAUUUGGUUAAGCAACAGGAUUACGAUACGAAGACACAAAGGCCAGUUUAUAAGUUAGUGACCGCUGGCGAAAUGCUUUCAGAAGAUGUCGAUGAAAGCGUAGUCGAUAAGAAGAGCAGCUCCGAGAAGAAAUCUGAAAAGACGCUCACAAUUGGUUCACGCAUUACCGACCAUGAUUUAUCAUCACGCCUCAAACACAUAUCUAAAUGGUUAGCGAAAAAUCAUGAGGUUUGCGUAUUCAUACAAGGUGCUCCCAAUGAAAUUGCAAAAUGUGAGGGUAUCUUGAAAACUAUCGAACAAAGCGUUAAAGAGCCGGAGGUUAUUGGACGUAUUGUGCAGAAACGCAUUAAAGGUUCAAAUAUCAAAUUUAAUAUUUUACCAAUACAGAAGACGACAAGUGACACUGUGACGCAAGCAUGACAGGUGGCCGCCGUGCCUCGGAGCCAUACUCUGACCGGUGCACGGUGCUUUUCCACGCAGCUACUAACGCAGCGUGCCACUCCAUAUGGUACACUUGAUGCGGCUAAUAAUAAAAAUCUUAGCUCAUCAUUUGGUGAUGAAAACAAGAAGCCAGUUAUUGUGUUCGGUAUAUUUACUGUUAUGCUGUUAGUUUCAAAAUAUUUAUACUGGUUCAGUAUGAAAAAGAGCAAUGCGAAAAAAACUAAAUCUUAGAUAGGCAUAUAUAAAGAAAUACUGUUAUUUGCUUUUAAAAAUUUAAUGGGAAAACUUGCUAUUAUUUAUUUUGAAAAUUGUAAUUGCUUUAAGUUCAAGGAAAAUAUAAUGUAUUGAUAUCAUGCUAA